UUCCUACUCCGUUAUAGCGGCAUUCCCUCUCCGAUCAUCUCCCCCCAUCGUCACUAUCAUCAUCUCUCGGCCUCCCAGUACAGGAAUUCAUCCAAGUCAUACACACUCACAUGGGAUCGGACUUGCUACGGUCGCCGACUAGUCAAGACACCAGCACGGAGAAAGCCACGCGGUCUUCCUCAUCACCGCCACUCCCCGUGGUGACCCCCGCUGCUGCUGCUGCUGCUUCUACCGCCGCCGCUCAAGUGGACCCUGAAGAUGACUGGGCUGGUCUCUGCGACCGCCAGGAACGUCGACGACGACAGAACCGGCUGAACCAGCGAGCAUACCGGAAACGAAAACAAGCCGAACGCAACAGCAACAACAAUGCCCUGGUCACACGGUCAUCCUUCUCACACCCACCACUAGCACUAGGCCCCAACACCAAGCAUGAGCAAACCAGCCCACCAUCAUCAUCAUCAUCAUCAUCAUCAACAACAACCUCCUUCUCCUCCCCAUCCUCCCAAACCCUCCUCACCCGCCGCACCCUAACCAGCGAAGCCUCCAAACCGGAAAACAUCCGGCGAAUAUUCGAGCACUUCGCACGGGUCGCCUACGAGAGCUACUUCCGCGGCUCCCCGUCCGCGGACCACCUCCUCACGCUCAGCAAACUAAACGUCUUCCGUGCCUUUAUGACCAACAUGACGGUUCUCGGCUUCGGCAAUUCCACCACCUGGUGUGACAACGACGACGCCCUCUCCCUGUUCAACACCCUCCCGCCAGAGGCAAUCCAGGAAAAGAGACUACCUGUGAGUCUCCGUCCGACGAAGAUCCAAAUGCAGGUGCCGCAUCACCCGUGGUUAGAUUUCUUCCCGUUGCCGCGCCUCCGGGAUAAUUUGUGUCUCAUGAUUGAUCGGUUCGAUGAUGAUGAGCUUUGUCAUGAUGUUAUGGGGUUCUGGGAUAAUGCUUCCGAUACGUGUAGUUUGUUGGUGUGGGGGGAGCCGUCGGAUCCAGCGAAUUGGGAGGUCACGGAGCAGUUUCUGAGGAAGUGGCCGUGGGUGUUGAGGGGGUGUCCGGAGUUGUUGAAGAGUACGAAUCGAUGGAGGCAGAAGAGGGGGGAGAAGAUGAUUAUUAGGUAUUUGUAGGGUGCAGCCGACGUGUUGAUAGUUAACUAGUGAUGAUGUGAUGAGUAAGUAGAUUGAAUAUACUAAAUGGGUUAUGAUCUUCUC